AUGGCCGAGGACGACGACAUCUCCGCUCACGGUAUCCAACCGGCGGUAGCGAAUGGCAGCCGCCAAGACCAGAACGACGAAACAACACCACUGCUGGGCGACCAGAACAAGAAACCCCUCCAAUCCGACCAGACCUCGCUGGCCAGCAACGACGAGGAGCAGAUCGUUAUCGUCGAGGAGGUGACAGGGUUCAAAUUGUGGCUCAUACUGUGUACCGGCUGGGUUGGCGUCUUCCUAGGCUCUAUAGACUCCACCAUUAUCGCCACGCUGUCGGCCCCCAUUUCUAGCGAGUUUCGCUCCUUGAGUCUGCUGUCCUGGCUCGCCACCGCCUACCUCAUCUCCAAUGCCGCCUGCCAGCCCAUCUCCGGCCGCCUGACCGAUAUCUUUGGCCGGGGCCCCGGUCUUGUCUUCAGCAACGCCUUUUUCGCCGCCGGGAAUCUCAUCUGCGGUCUCGCUCAGGACCAGAAUGUCAUGCUCCUCGGUCGCGUCGUCGCCGGGAUCGGCGGUGGCGGGCUCAUGUCCAUCACUACCUUCCUCGCCACCGACCUCGUCCCUCUGCGGAACAGAGGUGUCAUCCAGGGUAUCGGCAAUAUCUGUUACGGAGCUGGGGCUAUGCUCGGCGGCAUUUUUGGAGGUUUGGUGAACGACAAGUCGACUUGGGGUUGGCGCUUGGCAUUUCUCGUCCAGGUUCCUCCCGUCUUGAUCUCGGCAUGCUUGGUCGCAUAUCUUGUUCGCAUACCGCCCAAGGUGUCUGAGAAGUCGUACCUGGCCCGCAUCGACUUCACCGGAGCCUUCUCUCUCAUUGUUUUCCUCGUCUUGCUACUUCUCGGCCUGAAUACCGGUGGCAACCUGGUUCCGUGGACCCACCCCCUACCGCUGACGACACUGCCGCUAUCCCUCGUAGCUUUUAUCGCUUUCAUCAUCUGGGAGGCUCGCGCCAAGCAACCCGUCAUUCCUGUCCGGCUUCUCCUACACCGGACGGUCUUUAAUGCCUGCAUGACCAACCUGCUCUGUUCUAUGGUCAGCAUGAUGGCGCUCUUCUAUGCUCCCCUGUACAUGCAGUCGCGUGGGCGCUCGGCCACAGAGUCUGGCCUCGUAAUUCUCUUCUCCCCCAUUGGUAUCUGCGUGUGCUCACUCGGGAGCGGGAUCAUCAUGAAGAAAACCGGGCGUUAUGGCAUACUAUCCGUAUCAAUGAUCGUAGUCUCCACGAUAAUCCUAACGACCCUGGACGAAAACUCUCCAGACUGGCCAUUGAUGAUCGCGUUCUUUCUCCUUGGCGCCGGCCAUGGUGCCAUGCUUACCAUCACGCUCCUAGCCUGCCUCGCCGCUGUCGAUCACACCCACCAAGCCACUGUGACAUCUGCCACGUACGCGUUUCGGUCCGUGGGCGGCACAGUGGGCAUUACAAUCGCGUCGGCCAUAUACCAGAACGUGCUCAAGACGCAGUUAUGGGAGCGAUUCGGCGAUCUGCCCGGGGCCGCAGAGGAGAUCAAGAGGAUCAGGGACGACUUGAACGAGCUUAAGCAUCUCCCCGAAGGCUGGUACGACGGCGUUAUCUCUUCGUUCAUGGACGCCUUUCAGAGCGUGUGGCUCGCCAUGUUGGGGUUGGCACUACUGGCCCUGGUCAGCGUGUCCCUAAUGAAGCAACACAGGUUGCACUCGACUCUGUCGCGCAACGAGGAGAACUAA